AUUGCUUCACAGACUGAGAGUCAUGGCCUCUUCCUACAUAAACACCCUCACCUCCAACCUCUCUCCACUAGCAUACAGCUUCCUUUCAUCUCCAAUCCCAACAGCCCCUCUCCUGUCUUCACUUCUUCACAAUUCUGGUUUUUUCUCCUAUAUAUAUUUCCCCUACAUUCUCAUAUUUUCACUGGAAACAAACAGAGUUUCAAGAAAUUCGCUUUCAAGUAUUCUUUAUCUGUGUGCUUCUUUUGAUACCAGUAACGUUAACACAUUCUUUUGUUUGUAGCUGUAAGCCUGUACUCUACUAGCACAUGAACACCAUGAUCUCUUCACUAAAUCACUCGCAUUCCACUUUCACUUCUUCUGAUUUUCUACCCAGAAAUCGUUCAGCUCUUAAACCUCAAUUCUCUCCGCUUCCCAUUAUUCAGAAUUCACAGAAAGGCCAUAACUUUGUCUCUUCAUUGACUUCAGAGAAGCCGCUUCACAUUUCUUCAGUUGAGAAUUUAUCUUUCUCUGCAAAACCCCUACUGAAGAAGCCAGUGAUGGUUUGCAAUGCUUAUGAAGCUGAUGGGUCACGGCCAAUGGACAUUAACAUAGAGCUUCCGGACGAGCAGGCGGCACAGAAGAUCAAGAUUGGGAUAUAUUUCGCCACUUGGUGGGCUUUGAAUGUGGUGUUCAAUAUUUAUAACAAGAAGGUUUUGAAUGCUUUCCCGUAUCCUUGGCUCACUUCUACGCUCUCGCUUGCUUGUGGGUCUCUCAUGAUGAUGAUAUCUUGGGCAACGAGGGUUGCUGAUGCCCCAAAAACUGAUUUCGAGUUUUGGAAGACCCUGUUUCCUGUUGCUGUAGCUCAUACAAUUGGGCAUGUGGCUGCAACUGUGAGUAUGUCUAAAGUUGCAGUCUCAUUCACCCACAUCAUCAAGAGUGGCGAGCCUGCUUUCAGUGUUCUGGUGUCCAGGUUUCUAUUGGGGGAAACAUUCCCUGUGCCAGUUUACCUAUCACUUGCGCCAAUCAUUGGUGGCUGUGCUCUAGCAGCUGUCACUGAGCUCAACUUCAACAUGACUGGUUUUAUGGGAGCUAUGAUCUCGAAUUUGGCAUUCGUGUUUCGGAACAUAUUCUCAAAGAAGGGGAUGAAGGGGAACUCUGUUAGUGGGAUGAACUACUAUGCUUGUUUAUCUAUUUUGUCUCUGUUGAUCCUUACACCUUUUGCAAUUGCCAUGGAGGGUCCUCAAAUGUGGGCUGCUGGCUGGCAAAAUGCUCUUGCUCAAAUUGGACCCAAUUUUGUUUGGUGGGUGGCCGCGCAGAGUAUUUUCUAUCACCUUUAUAAUCAAGUUUCUUACAUGUCUCUUGAUCAAAUCUCUCCAUUGACAUUUAGCAUUGGAAACACAAUGAAACGUAUAUCCGUCAUAGUCUCCUCCAUCAUCAUCUUCCACACUCCUGUCCAACCUGUCAAUGCCCUUGGAGCUGCCAUCGCUAUCCUUGGCACAUUCCUGUAUUCACAGGCCAAGCAAUGAAGGAUCAAGAAUCCCAAAAUUUUGAUGUAAACAUUAGAUAAUGGAAGAGUUAGAAUGAAGAUGCUGAGUUUGGCUUUCAUUAAUGAUCUCUGAUGAUGGCCUUUAGACUAUCUAAGAGAAUCAACCUUGCUAAGAUAGUCAACAACAGUUUCUUUUUCAAGAUCUUUGUUAAUCUUCAGAGUAAUCUUAUAAAUGCCAGCCACGAAGUAGGUUCCAGUUCCUUUCUCUUGUAUAUUGCCUGGAUUGUCAAUAAAGAAAAUGUUUUGUUUCACAACUAUUAUAAAGCAAGCAAUUUCUUGACUGAUA